CUCGAAGACGAACGUCAGAGUCCAACCCACAUACGAGCACCAUCAAAUUGCCAUGUCUGGAGCCCAGGGCGCACAGCCCAAGGGAGCUUUCACGGCGACCACGUACAGGUCGGCGGCAGCUCCCGACGGCGCGGAGGAGUGCCAGCAGCAUCAGCCGCCAAGAACAGAGGUACGGUCGAGCAAGGACGAUCAUGGGUUGCCGGUGAAGAUGCUGGAGGAGAAAGUCGAGGACGCCACUGGGAAGGGCGGCCCGGUGUUCGGCGCCGGCACGGAGGACGGCAAGCCCGACCUAGGCGUCACAGGCACGGGCCGAGGCUAACUGCUAAUCUUGUUGUAACAUGGCGUGCUGUGCGCAGCCCAUCUAUGAAUCACAAACUGUGAUGUACUUAUAGUAUGUAAUGUAACUUUGAAGGAGUGGAAUAAUGCCAAGUUUGGUUUCAAAUAAGUCAUCAACUUAUAAGUUGAAAA